AUCUACAUGUUUUUCAGAUACAUAUCUUGGAUAGAUGUUUGUGUUCCAGUUUCACAUUUAUUUUCUUCACUCUAAUCACUAACUGUCAACUAUUAAAAAACGCCUUCAAGACGAUUACUAAUAAUGAACUGCAGGAUCGUUGAGGGAAUGAUUUGCAUUGCAAUUGAUUCAGAAGUGAACUGUCCGUGUGAUGAAUGCAAAAAGAGACAUUUUUCUAAUGGGAUUUCUUUCUUCUUCCUGAAAGAUAAAUUCUGGGUCGAAACUGUUUCUGAAGAAGAGUUGUUUCUAAGAUUAAAGACUCUUAAUCCACAGUUUGAAUUUCAGCGUGAUAUGCUCCGCCACACUAUUCGUGAUUGUUUUGAUUUUGGAAAAGUGGUAGCUGAUAUCCAGGUUUGCACAGACAUAUGUAGUGUUUCUUUUCAGUACACCUUUGGAGAAUCUGUAAUAAAUUGGACUAGUGAUGCUGUUGUUCCUGUUUCUUCUGUGUUGCAUUAUCAUGUUGUUUUGCCACUUUCAUUUGCACUAGAAUCACUUUGUAAAAAGCAAGAUUUACUCAAUAACAAGUUAUUGGCUCUAAAUCAUCAUGCAAAUCGGCUCCAUGAAAAACUAAUGCUUCCAAUGGGUGAGGAUAUGAAAAAAGAAGACGUGGAUCUGGAUUUUAGUUAUUCAUACAACUUUUCAACAGGCUUACUUUCUUCGUCCUCUACUCAACAUCUUUUUUGUGAGGCAUCUAAACAUUUAUUCACUUCUAAAAGUAUACUUCAAUACUAUUGUUUAAUAAAUUUAGUUCAAAAUAUGUGUGUUUCUCCGAUACAACAGAAACAGCCUACACGUGGGAUAAUAUCAAGUAAUUCAAACACCAAAGAUGUUCAGCUCUUACCAGAUAAUAUUUUGAAUGUGAAAAUGUUCUUCACUCCACGUCGAUUAAAUCAUCUUUGAAUUCCAUAGUAAUUUUUACUCUCAACUACUCGGAUUGUUUCAUGUCUCAUUCGCACCAUUGUGUUGAGAUCUCUUUUCAAUGUGAAAAAAAAAAUAUCUUUUACUCUUUUAGUAUAAAUAGAUCUCAAUAGGAAUUUUGAACAGUUUCAAUUCUUUUUUUACUACUACUAUUCAAAAAUUCAUUUGGCAAUUAAGUACUUCAUUGACGAGUGAGUAUUCACCAAACUAUUACUCGAAUUAGUAGUAUUAGUAGCAGUGAAAAUCUAUACGGGAAAUAUUAAUUUAUGUGAAAUGUUAUCCCAAACAUUGACUAACAUAAACAGAAACAACUUGUUUCCUCAAGCUUUUAGUUAAAGCUGGGUGUAAUAUAUAUAUAGUAGUAAUCAUAUGAAUUAACCGUUUUAAUUUGUAGUUACCCAAUAUGUGACUGCCUGACGCCAACAUGAUAGUUCACAUAUAUGAGUGUUCCAUUUACAUUAUACAAUGUUUGUUUACAGAAAAUAGUUUGUAAAAAUGAAGCCAAAAAUUAUUUUCGUUGUAUUUAAGACGGUAAAUAGAAAGCUAACUGUAAAAAUUUUUGCGUUCCAAUGCACUCGAAUUUUCACUUUUCUGGAUUGCCAUAUUUAUUUAUUUUAACACAUAGA